CACUGACGAGGAAAUAUUUCUGAACUAAUAUUUCUCACGAUACCCUCAGUCAGGAACUGCUAUAAACCCCCUCCCAUCACUGCCCAACUAACCGCAACGAUGGCCAUCGAAAAAGUCUACCUCACAUACAACGAGAUCCACCAGCUCUGCCAGGAAGCUGCGCCCAAGAUUCUCAAUGAGUUCAAACCACAACUCAUGAUCGCCAUCGGUGGCGGCGGCUACGUGCCCGCGCGCAUGCUGCGCUCCUUCCUCAAGAAAUCCGGAUCGCCCAACAUCCCUAUCCAGGCCAUCGGGCUGUCUCUCUACGAGGAGCUGCCCUCAACUACUCCUGGGACCUCGACUCCUGGUGAUGUCGAGCAGUUGGGUACGAAGGUGACGAGGACACAGUGGUUGGAUCUGUCGAGUUUGGGAGAGAUGUCGAACUUGAUCGGAAAGAGGAUCUUGAUUGUGGAUGAGGUCGAUGAUACCAGGACUACGCUCGAGUAUGCCGUUAAGGAGCUCGAGAAGGAUGUCGAGGCCGCGAGGCAAAGGCUGGGAAUCGAGGGCGAGACUACAUUCUCGAUCUUCGUGCUACACAACAAGGAGAAGGAGAAGAAGGGCAAGCUGCCAGAGGAGCUGCUGAAGGAUGAUCGUUACUUGGCUGCCAGGACGGUGGGCGAUGUCUGGAUCUGCUACCCGUGGGAGGCGACGGACAUCAUCGAGCAUGAUGCUAUGGCCGCGAAGCAGUCGGGAAUGUGAGGUAGGGAUGGAGAUGGGGCGUUUAUACAGACUUCGAUAUAAGAGCUAUACAUAGAGCUAUACAUAUACGCGUCAGAGUGCUUGGUAGAAGACGCUUUCAUGGAGUCUAAAUGCGGGAUGUGAUAUCGAUCUCGCGCUUCUCAUAGCCACCACUCCCCUCGCCAUAUCAUCUCAUGAAUUUCACCAAUGAAGAAUUCAUCCUAGAUCGGUCAGUCCCUAAAGAUGGGGGAUACGGGCGGCUAGAGCCGGAUUCAUCGGAGGUGGUGGGGUUAAUAUUGGAGACCCUAUUAUUGAGGGGUACCCAAAGGUGGCGGCCACGGAGUGGACAAAUAGACAAAGUCAGUGCUGAUCUACCUUGAUAAUGCGCUGUUUGGCAGAAUCUAUGGGAAGUGUGGAUUAUUAUAACAUUCGCUAGUUAAGUGGUUAUGAUAUGCAGCUUGCAAUACCAGGAUUUUACG